AAUACUGUCAGCUUUCGUUCUCGACACGGACAGAUCCCGCUUGAAGCCAGGGCUAUGCACUGAAACUAAAUCACAGCGGACCCGCUCAUUAAUGUUUCAUGGCUUUAAUGCGGGAUGGUUAGAUUACAGAGAGCGUGCUCGGCUCAGCCAGGGGGCGUCUACAGGGAGGCACUCUCACUCGCGCUCGACCCUCGUUCUCAGGGAGGCCCUCUCACGCGCAUUCACCCCACGUCCACGGGGAGGUCCUCUCACACGCGCUCGACCUUCGUCCACAGGGAGGUCCUCUCACACGCGCUCGACCUUCGUCCACAGGGAGGUCCUCUCACACGCGCUCGACCCUCGUCCACAGGGAGGUCCUCUCACGCGCAUUCACCCCACGUCCACAGGGAGGUCCUCUCACACGCGCUCGACCUUCAUCCACAGGGAGGUCCUCUCACACGCGCUCGACCCUCGUCCACAGGGAGGUCCUCUCACACGCGCUCGACCUUCGUCCACAGGGAGGUCCUCUCACAUGCGCUCGACCCUCGUCCACAGGGAGGUCCUCUCACACGCGCUCGACCCUCGUCCACAGGGAGGUCCUCUCACACGCGCUCGACCUUCGUCCACAGGGAGGUCCUCUCACACGCGUUCACCCCACGUCCACAGGGAGGUCCUCUCACACGCGCUCGACCUUCGUCCACAGGGAGGUCCUCUCACAUGCGCUCGACCCUCGUCCACAGGGAGGUCCUCUCACACGCGCUCGACCUUCGUCCACAGGGAGGUCCUCUCACACGUGCUCGACCUUCGUCCACAGGGAGGUCCUCUCACACGCGCUCGACCCUCGUCCACAGGGAGGUCCUCUCACACGCGCUCGACCUUCGUCCACAGGGAGGUCCUCUCACACGCACUCGACCCUCGUCCACAGGGAGGUCCUCUCACACGCGUUCACCCCUCGUCCACAGGGAGGUCCUCUCACACGCGCUCGACCUUCGUCCACAGGGAGGUCCUCUCACACGCGCUCGACCUUCGUCCACAGGGAGGUCCUCUCACACGCGCUCGACCUUCGUCCACAGGGAGGUCCUCUCACACGCGCUCGACCUUCGUCCACAGGGAGGUCCUCUUACACGCUCGACCCUCGUCCACAGGGAGGUUCUCUCACACGCGUUCACCCCUCAUCCACAGGGAGGUCCUCUCAUGCACGUUCACCCCUCGUCCACAGGGAGGCCCUCUCACACGCACUCAACUCUUGUCCACAGGGAGGUUCUCUCACACACGCUCGAGCCUCGUCCAUUGGGAGGUCCUCUCACGUGCGCUCGCCUGUCCCGUGCACGUGCACUUACUGUCCUCCUAUCAGUAGUGCAGGAGAUUUUUAAUGGGUUCGGGUUUCACUGCAGCUGGUGGGAUGAGUGCUUUUUAUCUGAGUGCUGCAGGAAGAGUGACUGCGAAAGAGGCGAUGACUAGACUACAAAGAAGAUCAGAAUUCCAGUCUAAGCAUCUAUGACAGUGCAAUGAAGUUUACAUGAAACUGUAAUGCAUCUGACAAAAACAAAAUUAUUGUUUGUAAAUACCAGGGAGGCAUUAGUACUAUUAAUACUAAAUUACUGAAAUAAACGAUAUCAAGCCAUAAUGUUAAUAAAUUCACUGUACAGUUAUGUUAGACUAUUUAAACAAAAAUGUGUUAAUAUUGUUGCAGUGGUGAGAUGGCAUUCAUUAGUAUUUCCCAGCAUGUUUGAGAGAGGUGUAAAUAGCCUCUGGGUGUAUUUCAUGUUGUAAAUACUUGUGCUGUGUCUCCGGUGCAUGUAAGUGUGUUUACCUGAGUCUGCCCUGAUCUGUGCUAGUUACUUGCGUGUUUUCUUGCCCUCUGUAAAUAGUUACCCUGUGCCUGCCAUACAGUCUAUCGUCUGACCACCGUCUUUGUGGUAGGAAGUGGUUAUUUGUGUGCGGUCCUAUUAAAAAGGCACAAUCAAAGAAUGUCCUUCUUUGGAACUGCCUUGCUUCCUCAUGUUCUUACCACUAUGUUGCUUGGGUCUGCUAAACACUACAAUCUGAACAUACGGCAGACAGAAAGAGAAGUACUAAUGUUACCGUUGAGUGUAAAAUUAUUUGUUACUGGGGCUGUACCGUCAAGGGUUUGCCAACUGUACCUUAGUUAUAGAUAAAUGUACAGAAUUGUACCAUUGAGGGUACAUUAAUGUUGCUUGUACCUUGGGGUACAAAACUGUACCAGGGCCAGUUCAUUAGCAACUGAAUACUUACUGCAUGCGGACACAGCCAAAACUUGCUGUCUGACUAAGCAUUAAAGUGGCAACGAUGCUAUUUUGAAUGUGGUGAGAUUGCUGGUGCCAGAAAUGGUAGUUCCAGGAUCACAAAGACUGCAAUACGGUUUCUAGUUUAUGGUGUAAUGAACAGAAACUAGCCAUGGGCAGCUCUGCGACCAAAAUACAUCUUCUUAAUUAGAGAGGUCAGAGGAGAAUGGGCAGACUCUCUCCACACAUGCAGCAAACUGGGUACAUUUUCAAGGGGGGGCCUGUCUUCUCAUAACCUGCAGGCCAUUCAGCACCUGCUCUCCAUUCAAAAGCCUCAUUUAUACACAGCCUGAUGAAAUCACUCAUUCUUACAUUAAGUAAAUAUUUGCCACCAGUACUUUUCAAAAUUCAUGUCGUAAUGCAAGCGUACGCAGUGCUCCAUGCGUCAAAGAUAAGACAUAUCGUUGCAGCAUUUGCGUGCUC